UGUCAUCCUGUUUACUGUGAAAAGGUUGCCGGUAGGUUAGCAAACUGCAAGGGGAAACAGAGACAAUGAACAAGGCAACAAAGCAGAUAAGACCUAUGGAAGCAACUUUUAACUCGUACUGUGGUGGCAGUGAGCUAUAAGAAUAACUAAAUUUCUCAGUACUUCUGUUUAAAGUUACAUAGAUUCAGGAAGACAAGAGCUACUGUCAAAUCUGUCCCUUACCAUACAACUGUUUUUAACUUUCCUUCUGCAGAAGGAACAGCUCCUUUAAGAGCACCCUAAAAUAGCCAUGCUCUGUUUUGAGAAACUGAUUGGAUUAACAGGUGCAAAGGUUAUUUGUGUGAUUGCAAGUGUGGAGGGUGACUGUAUGUGUUAGUGUGUGUGCGUGUAUGCAUAUGUGUGUGCCUCAAACUCCCCUACUGGAUCUCAAGCUUUCAAAGUAAGAAGAAGUGCCCUGAUCAACAAAGUUUGCAGAAAUAAAGUCAUCAGAAAAAGGAAAGUAUAAAGGACGACUAUUUCAGCGCUGGCUCAGCAGAGAAUGAUGUGGUCAAAUUUCUUUCUACAGGAUGAUGACCCUCGGACUUUGAACCGGGGUGUGAGAAAACUUCGCAGGCCAGGUCUGUCAGAUACCAAGGAGGGUAAAAUUAAACUGGCCUUCUUUAUAGCCAUUGUGGGGGUCACUCUGAUGGUUGUGGCAGUGGGGACAGAGUUUUGGGUAGAGGUAACAACAUACAAAGAUCAAUAUAAUUCCACAACAUGUGAAGCAGUACAUUUUGGACUAUGGAAAAUCUGCUUUAAGAAACUCUGGCUGGUGGAUGUGGAAGAGGAAAGAAAGACCUGCGGACCAGCAGAACUCCCUGGAGAAAGCAACUGCACAUUUUUCAAGUUCUUCACGACGGGAGAAAAUAUACACAUUUUUCAUCGAACAACUAAAAAAGAGUUGAACAUGGCAGCAGCAAUAAUUUCCCUUGUCAGCAUUGUUAUGAUGGGAAUGGGUUCUCUCUGUGUCACUAUGGCCCUCAGUAAAAAGGUCGAGUUCCUGCUCAAACCUGCUUCAGUCAGCUUUUUACUCUCAGGUACUCUCAUCUUGAUCACCAUGGAAGUCUUUCGCCAUUCUGUUCACUGGCUGAUGGACAGUGACAAAACUGUCCCCUUAGAGUAUGAAUAUUCCUGGUCAGUAGCUUGUGCCAUUGCAUCUGGUGUCAUUCUCAUCAUUGGAGCACUUUGUUUCUUACUGCUGUCUUUGCCUGGACUCAAAAAAAGGUUAAGGGAAUGCUGUAUGAAGAAGGGAACCAGUAGCUAAAUCUGUUGACAAUGACAUUAAAAAUCCAUGGCAGAAAAUUACAAGGACUUCCUAAUUAAGAAGAAAACAUUUGACAAAAAUGUUCAUAAUGUUGAUGAAAUACUGAGAAAUCUUUGGAGCACUCGUGCUGUUGUAAAAUUUUGGACAUGUAUUUCACUUAUGGUUUAUAGUGACAGGGAGCCCAGCAAAUGUUUUUUUUUUUCUUCAAAUGUCUGUUAUCAAGCUGGACUAUUUCACUUGUCUGCUUUUACAAAAAAAUCUGCCUUUUCUAUUUACGUUGCAGAACAAUAGUCAUACAUGAAAAUACACUUUGUAACAGUAAUGCAAAGUGUCCCUCGGCAGUAUAAUUAGUAAUCUAGAAGUAUAUGACUGAGGAGUUUGAAGUUACUUGUUUUUCACAAUCUACCCAUGAAACUAAAUUUGACAUCUCUAAAGUCAUUGCCUUGUGCUCUGUAUUGUAAUCCUACCCCUUUCUGCAAGAAAUUUUAAGUGUGAGAAAUAGCUACUAUUUAGUUACUUAUGUGACUAUUAACAAAUCAGAAAACAUUGAGUAUUUUAAUAGCAGCAGACACUGCUAAAACCAAAUACCUAGUACUCUGAGAAAUAGGCAUGCAUUAGUCACAAAGACUGAUAAUAACGCAAAAAAAAUAAUGGGAAUGCAUUACAGGAAAAUAUAGACCAGCUGUGAAAAAAAACAAUAUUUUGAACAUGUUUUAAGCUGAAAAGGAUUUAAAUGAUCAUUUAGAGUAGUUAUAUACAAAAGUAGGGUGUAUGGGGUACAAAUCCCCAAAAAUGAUUAAUUGUUUGAUAUGAAAUGACAAUAUAGUCAAUGCAGUGAUGAACAGAUAUUUCUGGAAUGACUCCAUUUAUUUUUGUACUAUAUCUCUUGCAAGAGAACAGAUACUCUUCUGUCUUAUUUGUAUUAUCAAGUCUGUGAUGGUUAAAGGGUUCUGAUAUGGCUGUAGCUUACAAAAAGCUGAAAGUCAUGGAUAAUUUAUGGAAUAUGCAAGACAUUAGACAAAUGUAAGUUUAACCUAAAAGAGCAUAUUAUGUGACUGUAUUUUAUUACUUCACAUAAUUAAUAUAAACAAUAGCAAUACGCUGAACAGUUAUUUGUACAAAAAUACUUUAAAUUUAAACAAGCUCUAGGAAAAUGAGCUACCAUAAGAUGCUUGUGAUGUUAAGUUGUUUUACUUUUUUUAUUACUAAAUGCAUUCUGAUGCUGACCUCAUGUUUUGUCUUCUGGAACAGACACAUAUGAUUUUGAUACAUUGCAGGCCUCCAGUUGUCAUGGCUAGAGUACACUUUCACCGUUUCAUGUGUAGAAAUUGCAGUUCUAGUUCUGCAAACUAUAUAUUGAGUGACUGACAUUUCCAAAAUCAGUGAUGCUUAGCUAUUUAAUAAACGUAUCUCCCAAUUCAUAAAGGAAUGGCAUGGUUUUUCAUUUUAGACUUGCACAGGCUUUAAACAUUAUCAACGUUACUGAAAGUUUAUAUACAUCAGUCAACAGUUGUGUGUACUGCUUUUGUCUGGUAUCUUAGCUAACUUAUAAGGAUGAAACAGUAAUGAAGAAACAUGAUGCUUUUUUAUGUUAUGUUGAGUGCAUACAAUGGUGGGAUACUACAGGUUUACUUUAUCCCAUUCAUAGACAACAACUCUGGAUUAUUUGCAACUACCAUACUAAAGUACAAUUCAGAUGAGUAACUGAAAAAUUGAGUAAAAAUCAAUAAAUGUUAUGUCUGGCUAUAUUACAAUCACUUUUGUACUUAAUGCCUGGGUCAUGACUAAAAAGGGUCAGAAAGCCAGCUAACUCAAUGUGCUAUCAAAUUGUAAAUGAAUAAAUUGAAAAUCAUUUCUUCAAAAUUUAGUCAAAAAAAAAGUUCAAUUGAUUUUUUUUUCAUGAAGAGCAAGCCUGCUGUCAUGACCUCUAAACAAUUAUAAAUUACUCCAAGAUCACUGCACCUUGGCACUUUUUUUAAAAAGACAAAUACGCUUUCAUUUGUCCUCUGCAUGACCGAAUAUUUAAUUAUGGUGUCAGUCGACUUGAUUUGAUCAAUCUAAAGGCCUUUUACGGACUCACACUAGUAAUCUCUUAAAUUACAAACACACUGUAUAUAUGCAGACCCAUUACAAACAAACUGCUAUAGAAUGUGAAACCAGUUUUAUGAAAUCAUGCAACUCAUUUCCCCACAAUCCUUUGCAUAUACAUUUGUUUAUGAGUAAAAUUGAAUUGCUGCAGGGUGAGAUGGCAGGAACAUAAGAAACGUAUCCUGGAUAAGAUAUGCUGAUGUAGGCUACCAUUCCUUCUCAGGAACUGGAGAGUGUAUUGUACAUACAAUAAUGUGUUGUGCUAUAAAAUAUUUUAAUGUAUGGAGUGCCAUAUUUUUAGAGUUAUGUACCAUAAUUUCUUUAAUGGUUUGAACUCAUUUAAAAUAAUGUAUUAAAAUGUGAAAGCAAAGUCAGUCAUAAAGGUAAAUGAGAUUUUGAAAUCUGUUUGAUUUAAGUGUUCUAUACCUUGUGAGUAUCACUAAUAGAAUUUGAAAAUUGUGGAAAAUGUUAUGCAUGUUUAGACUAAAACCAGGAUUUAAGACAAGUGACCUUAGGACCACACUAAUAACAGAUUAAACAUAAAAUUUCUUAAAGAGGCAUGGUGGUCUAUAUUUUGGCUAAUUUUACAUUGUCAAAGGAAUGGCAGAUAUCCUGUAUAGCUUGUGUCAUUGCAAAGUUUGCAAGUCUUGUCAUUUAAGCCAACAAUGUAAACCACUGAUGAAUAUUACAGCUUAACAUACAUUUCCUCUUUGGGUUAGUCCACUAACCUUUCUUACAAUAUCUAUAAUAAACUGUGACUCUUUGUAAGUUG